AUGGUUCUGUGCGUGCGGCAGGAUCUCAACAUGGGGAAGGGAAAGAUCGCCGCCCAGUGCGGGCACGCCACGCUCGGGGCCUACCAGCGCGCCCAGCGCCGCAACGACCGCUUCCUCGACGCCUGGACCGCCUGCGGACAAAAAAAAAUCGCCGUGAAGAUCAAGGAUCACGACGAAAUGAAGUCUCUCUCAAAGGCAGCCAAGGAGAAGGGCCUCAACGCGUAUGCGGUCUGCGACGCGGGCCGCACGCAAGUUCCUGCAGGAUCCUAUACGGUCCUCGCCAUCGGGCCAGGCCCCGAAGACCUCAUUGACGAAGUCACUGGCCAUCUGAAGCUUCUGUGA